CAGUUACGAUUUUGCGUGUCAGAAUGGCGGAUGCAUCUCGCUUUUGUGUGUGGAGCUGCUGUCUCCUCACGCUCCUCCUCCUCCUUUGUGUGCAAGUGCACGGCUAUGAGGUGCCAAGAGCCAAGAUUGAGGUGUUCUAUCCCAAGGGAUUCGAGGUUUCCAUACCACACGAGGAGGGUAUCACACUGUUCGCGUUCCAUGGCAAGCUGAACGAGGAGAUGGAAGGCUUGGAGGCGGGCACCUGGGCCCGGGAUAUUGUCAAAGUGAAGAACGGCCGCUGGACCUUCAGGGAUCGUUUGGCGAUGCUCAAGCCCGGCGACACGCUCUACUACUGGACAUACGUUAUCUACAAUGGCCUGGGUUAUCGCGAAGACGAUGGCACUUUCGUUGUCGAUGCUUACAGCGGAAAUGGCACCGUUCCAGCGACUACACGCAGAACCCCGGUGGCAGCUGAAUCCACAACUCCCUGGAUCUGGCCAUCGGACCCGAACUCGGACCCGGAUAUCGACAUUCGUUCUGGCUGCACGCAACCCAAAACACAGGUGAACGGUGGACCCUCUCGCUGUGCGGGACAGUUGGUGUUUGUGGACGAGUUCAGUGCCACAAAAUUGGACACCAACAAGUGGCUGGCGGAGCGACGCUUCUCCGGGUCGCCCGACUACGAGUUCAACGUCUACUUGGACGACACCCACAGCACGCUGCGUCUCCACAACGGCCAUGCGGUGCUGUCAACCACCUCGACAAAGCGACACUUCCACACGAACUUGGAGGGCAAGCUGGAUCUGGGCAGCGGCUGCACAGGGGCCGCCAAUACAGCGGACUGCGUUCGUGAUGGCAGACAGCGAAACGAUCGCCUGCCGCCCAUGCUGACGGCUCAGUUCUCCACCAAGCAGAGUUUCUCCUUCAAGUACGGACGGGUGGAUGUGCGCGCCAAGAUGCCGAGGGCCGAGUGGCUCACGCCGCAGCUCUGGCUGCAGCCAAAGGCUCCCGCUUAUGGAGACGACUAUCAGUCGGGACAGAUUCGGAUUGCGUACACCCGGCCAGCCAAUGGCAAAUUGGAUCUGUAUACGGGAGCGCUGCUCAAUGCCGAGGAGCCACUCCGCUCAGCCAAAGUGUGCCACAGGGAGGGCAGCAAGGAGAGCUCGGAUGACUGGAGCGACAGUUUCCACAACUACACCCUGGAGUGGACGCCGCGGGAGCUCAAGUGGCUGGUCGAUGGCAAGGAGAUUUGUCGUCAGGGCAGCGAGUGCGGAGCGUUCAGCGAGACGAUUGUGAAUGGGAUGCGACUGCCGAAUUCCCAGAAACUGGAGGAGGGCACUGGCCUGGCGCCCUUCGAUCAAGAGUUUUAUGUAACCUUUGGCUUGGCAGUGGGUGGAUUCAACGAAUAUUUCUACGAUACACAGAAACCGUGGCAUGAGCGGGAACCGCGCGCCAUGUCGGACUUUUGGAAGCAUCAGAAGCCGAAGCUCGAUCAGUGGUUGGAUGAUGCCCAUCUGUCAAUUGACUAUGUUAAAGUGUAUGCUCUGUAGACUGAAAAGCUAAUAAAUGAAAGGAACACCACCGAAUAUUGGGGAA